UCUUCUGUGUGCAGCCUGCUCUCUAGCCCUGCCCUGGCACAGCCAUCCUGUGCUAGAGAAAUACCUCACCUCCUGCACCCUAUCCUGGCACACUGCCACCAGGGCCGGAGGCUAGAGCGGGGCCGAGGCCUGGAGGCUGCCCCCUGGAGCUGCUUGGCGGGGUGCCGCCUGCCCUAUCUACGAGCAGCACGGGACACCGCUCUGACGGAACCAGCCAGCACCAGUACGCGAGAGGCGGGCUCCUGAGAUGUGAUUGUUCCUGCGCCAGACCGUCGCCCCCCGCGCGGGAGUCGCUGCUGUGACGUCUGCGGUUACUAUGGCAAUGCCGUUGCGUGCUGUGUGAUUGGCCGGCGGGGUGGAGGGACACGUCUGCCGCUCGGAUUGGUGCGCGGCCCAGCCUGGGCUUCCCCCGCCUGAGGGGCGCGGCGGAGCCGGACAGGUGAUGAGGCCUGUGAAUGAGCGCGGGCUGGGCCGGGCAGUCGGAGUGACGGUCGGACAGGGGGCGGGACCCGGAAAGGGAGCGGAGCAGGUUCUGACCCCCCGCGCGCCGGCCUGACGUGGCGGCUUCCCGCACAGGGCGAUGAAGGCGCUGAUCCUGGUGGGCGGCUACGGCACCCGGCUGCGGCCGUUGACGCUCAGCACCCCGAAGCCGCUGGUGGAGUUCUGCAACAAGCCCAUAUUGCUGCACCAGCUGGAGGCUCUGCGCCAGGCGGGCGUCGAUCACGUGAUCCUGGCUGUCAGCUACAUGUCUGAGGUGCUGGAGGGGGCGAUGCGGGAGCAGGAACAGCGGCUAGACAUUCGCAUCUCCCUGUCCCAUGAGAAGGAGCCACUGGGCACAGCGGGGCCCCUGGCGCUGGCCCGGGAGCUGCUGACUGAGAGCUCGGAGCCUUUCUUCGUCCUUAAUAGCGACGUGAUCUGCGACUUCCCCUUCACAGACAUGGUGCGCUUCCACAAGCACCACGGCAAGGAGGGCUCCAUCGUGGUGACAAAGGUGGAGGAGCCCUCCAAGUACGGGGUGGUGGUGUGCGAAGCUGAGACAGGACGCAUCCACCGGUUCGUGGAGAAACCCCAGGUGUUUGUCUCAAAUAAGAUAAAUGCCGGCAUGUACAUCUUCAACCCCAGCCUCUUGCACAGGAUCCAGCUGCGGCCCACCUCCAUAGAGAAGGAGAUUUUCCCGGUGAUGGCUCAGGAUGCGGAGCUCUAUGCUAUGGAGCUGCAGGGCUUCUGGAUGGACAUUGGGCAGCCCAAGGACUUUUUGACGGGCAUGUGCAUGUUCCUGCAGUCGCUGAAGGUCCAGCACCCAGAGAGGCUGCACGCGGGCCCUGGCUUUGUGGGGAACGUGCUGGUGGUGGUUAUUCUGUUGGAUGGAACCAGAGACCUUUUCUUGGCACUGAUGAUGAAGCCGUGCCCCUGGAGGAGAUUCAACAUCCAAGAUGUGGUCCUCUCCACCGCUGGAGUUCUGAUUGGGAUGUUGUCGAGAAUAGAGUACAGGUGAACCUCAGAAGUCUGUGGUGGCAUGAUCGGAUGGGGAUAUGGAGAUAUGCGUCUGCAAGAGGUACUGAAGUCAAGAAGUCCCUCUGGACAGGGAGGACACUGUACAGGCCAGGGUCUCCAUCAGAAACAUUGUUUUCUUCAUCCACUUGUUCAGCCUUUUGAGGUUGAGAAUGGCUCUGAUACCCACCAUGUGCUUCUGCACAAUGAAGAAGAUGGAGUACAACCCGGCAAAUCUUUUUCUGAGGGAACAGUCUUGGUCAUGCCAAUAUCCAGAAGAUGAAAUAUUUCAUUCUGGAUCAAAUUGUUUUUUACAGGGUUGUUGAAACUAAGUGACUGGAUGAAGAAUGGAUGGGGUAGAGGCCACAGUUCGAGGGACUAUCCCUGACUCACUAUCACCCUGAUUAACUUCUCUGUGGUUAAAGAAAAACAUUCUUCUAGAAAGUGGGGAAUUCUGCCCCCUCGCUUCUCCCCUCGCUUGUCAUAAAUUGGAUUUUAGGGGAGCUGAGGUCCCUCUGGACUUUCCCCAUGGAUUUUGACCCUACUGUUUUCCCUUGGGGAACCUGCUGUCCCUUCACAGGUAUCUCUGUGAGGACAAGUAGCGAAAGGCCAGACUUCCACCUUAAUUUAAUUGACUCGUUAGCACUGACCCCCCAUUUGGUAAGGCAACUCCCAUCUUUUCAUAUGCUGUG